GCCAAGCUCGAUGGACCCCAAGAGAAAUUUAAUACCUAUGUGACCCUGAAGGUGCAGAAUGUUAAGAGCACCACCAUCGCCGUGCGCGGCCUUCAGCCGUGCUGGGAGCAGGACUUCAUGUUUGAAAUAAACCGCCUGGAUCUGGGCCUGACAGUGGAGGUGUGGAACAAAGGGCUGAUCUGGGACACCAUGGUGGGCACCUUAUGGAUCCCCCUGAGCAACAUACGGCAGUCCAACGAGGACGGUCCGGGCCAGUGGCUGACUCUGGACUCCAACGCCAUCAUGGCUGAGAACGAGAUCUGUGGAACCAAAGACCCGACCUUCCACAGGCUGCUGCUGGACACGCGCUUCGAACUGCCCUUAGACAUUCCCGAGGAAGAGGCGAGAUACUGGGCCAAGAAACUUGAACAGCUAAACGCCAUGAGGGAUCAAGACUAUGCCGACCAAGAAGAACAGGAGCGACCGCUCCAUGCGCCGACCACACAGUGCUGUAAUUGGAGUCUGUGGGGAGAUCAGCAAAACGAGGAUCCGGACAGCGCCGUGGACGACCGCGACAGCGACUACCGCAGUGAGACCAGUAACAGCAUCCCACCUCCCUACUACACCACCUCGCAGCCCAACGCUUCCAUGCACCAGUACCCCAUGAGGCAGCAGCAGUACAUACACAACCAAGACAUCCACCAGCUGGACUACGACCACAGAGCCGUGAGACGCUAUGAUAGUUUAGAGUCGGCCACCAACGGGCGCAGCGAAAUCGACUCCGGCUCGGGGUCGAGCCGGCGCACCAGUCGCCAGUAUUCUCUAGACAGUAGGCGCUCGCUGUCCGAUAGUCCCACCGACAGCCGCUACGCCUCGUCGGGCGAGCUGAGCCGCGGCAGCUCUCAGCUCAGCGAGGAGUUUGUCGGCGAGGACGGCGGGAGCCUGCGAGGCUCUGAGUUCUACGAUGAAAACGACUCCUACCACUCCUGCCACUCCUCCGUCAGCUACGGCAAGGAGGAUUCCCCGGUGUGGGACGGUGAGGACCCCCAGGGCGUCUACAGCGACGAGGGCGGCUACCUGAAAGACGGAGGGGAGGAGGGGGCGCUGUACGCCGGGGAGGAUGGUAACCUCUACGGGGAGGGAGGAGAGUACCACUACGAGGAUGAGGAGGAGAUGCCUUUCGAGGAGGAAGAGGAGGAAGAAGAGGAGAUGUAUCCCCUCGACGGCACUCUCGGUGAAGAGCAGGAGGCGCCCUACACCCCGACGCCCACGAGCAGCGCCGCCGCUCCGACGCCGGCCCCCGACCUCCUGUCCUCCGCCAGGCCGCCGCUGGAGAAGCAGGCCACGCUGCAUCAGCAGCGGCCGGCCCACGAGGAGCUCCGAGGCCCCCGACCCGCGGCCACACAGGGCGACGCGCCGGCCGCUUUCGGGGCGGAGGCCCCCAAGGCCCUGUUCGCCCCCGCCCAGCCGGCACUCUCGGCCGCCACCACCACCACAUUCACCCCAGCGACGGCAUCGCAGGCGCCAGCUCCAGAUACCGAGCUCCUAGGGCCCGAACCAAAGCCAGAGGCGCCGCCGGAGGGGCCUCGGCCCCCCGAACAGCAGCAGCAGCAGCAACAGCCGGCGGCGCCGGCGGCAGAGAGCGUUCCUCCGGCUCUGGAGGAGAGAUUGGAGGAGCAGCCGGUCUCAAGCUUCCCAAAGAGGGAAGUCUUGCCACCCGGAUACGCGAGAGCCAAAUCCAACUGGCUUCGACUUUUCAGCAGAGUGCGGCUACAGCUGCAAGAGGCCCGAGGAGAAAGUGUCGGCAUCGCCUCUCUGCUUUUAUCAGCGGGGAUGGGUGGCGCUCUGUACAGCAUUGACAGUAUGCCUGACCUCAGGAAGAGAAAAGCUAUGCCUCUCGUCAGAGAUCUGGCCAUGUCCUUGGUUCAGAGCUCCAGGAAGGCUGGCAUCACCUCGGCCCUGACCUCCAGCACCCUGCAUAACGAAGAACUGAAGAGCCACGUCUACAAGAAGACCCUGCAGGCCCUCAUCUAUCCCAUCUCCUGCACCACGCCGCACAAUUUCGAGGUGUGGACGGCCACCACGCCCACCUACUGCUACGAGUGCGAGGGGCUGCUGUGGGGCAUCGCCCGCCAGGGCAUGCGCUGCACCGAGUGCGGAGUCAAGUGCCACGAGAAGUGCCAAGACCUACUCAACGCCGAUUGUCUGCAAAGAGCGGCGGAGAAGUGCUCCAAGCACGGCGCCGAGGACCGAACCCAGAACAUCAUCAUGGUUCUCAAAGACCGCAUGAAGAUCCGCGAGAGAAACAAACCGGAGAUUUUCGAACUCAUUCAGGAGGUGUUCGCCGCCCCCAAGGCCACGCACGUCACCCACAUGAAGCAGAUCAAACAGAGCGUCCUGGACGGCACCUCUAAAUGGUCGGCCAAGAUCUGCAUCACAGUGUUGUGUGCUCAGGGUCUACAAGCCAAGGAUAAAACCGGCUCCAGUGAUCCUUACGUCACCGUCCAGGUGGGAAAGACAAAAAAGAGGACCAAGACCAUCUAUGGCAACCUCAACCCGGUGUGGGAGGAGACAUUCAACUUCGAGUGUCACAACUCCUCCGACCGCAUCAAGGUGCGAGUGUGGGACGAGGACGACGACAUCAAGUCCCGCGUGAAGCAGAAGUUCAAGCGGGAGUCGGACGACUUCCUCGGCCAGACCAUCAUCGAGGUCCGCACCCUGAGCGGAGAGAUGGACGUCUGGUACAACCUGGACAAGCGCACGGACAAAUCGGCCGUGUCCGGAGCCAUCCGCAUGCACAUUAAUGUAGAGAUCAAAGGAGAGGAGACGGUCGCCCCCUAUCACGUUCAGUACACCUGUUUGCAUGAAAACCUCUUCCACUAUGUGACCGACAUCCAGAACAACGGCGUGGUGAAGAUCCCCGACGCCAAAGGGGACGACGCGUGGAAGGUCUACUUUGAGGAGACUCCCCAGGAGAUCGUGGACGAGUUCGCCAUGCGCUACGGAGUGGAGUCCAUCUACCAGGCCAUGACUCACUUUGCCUGCCUGUCAUCUAAGUACAUGUGCCCGGGUGUGCCGGCGGUGAUGAGCACCCUGCUGGCCAACAUCAACGCUUACUACGCGCACACCACCCAGGCCACGAACAACGUCUCUGCCUCAGACCGCUUUGCUGCUUCUAACUUUGGGAAAGAGCGAUUCGUCAAGCUUCUAGACCAGCUUCACAACUCGCUGAGGAUCGACCUGUCCAUGUACCGAAACAACUUCCCGGCCAGCAGUCCUGAGCGGCUGCAGGACCUCAAGUCCACCGUGGACCUCCUCACCAGUAUCACUUUCUUCAGAAUGAAGGUCCAAGAGCUUCAGUCUCCGCCCAGAGCCAGUCAAGUGGUGAAGGACUGCGUCAAAGCCUGCCUCAACUCCACCUACGAGUACAUCUUCAACAACUGUCACGAGCUGUACAGCCGCGAGUAUCAGACUGACCCGGCUAAACAGGGGGUCGUGCCUCCGGAGGAGCAGGGCCCCUGCAUCAAGAAUCUGGAUUUUUGGUCCAAACUCAUCACACUUAUCGUCUCCAUUAUCGAAGAGGACAAGAACUCCUACACUCCCUGCCUAAACCAAUUUCCCCAGGAGCUCAACGUGGGUAAAAUCAGCGCUGAAGUGAUGUGGAACCUGUUUGCUCAGGAUAUGAAGUACGCAAUGGAGGAACACGAAAAGAAUCGCCUGUGUAAGAGUGCAGAUUACAUGAACCUGCACUUCAAGGUCAAGUGGCUGUACAACGAGUACUGCAAAGACCUGCCCUUCUUCAAGAGCAGAGUGCCUGAAUAUCCUGCGUGGUUUGAGCCAUUUGUUAUUCAGUGGCUGGAUGAAAACGAGGAAGUGUCUCGGGACUUCCUGCACGGUGCUUUGGAGAGAGACAAAAAAGAUGGGUUCCAGGUCACUUCAGAACAUGCUCUGUUCUCCUGCUCGGUGGUGGACGUGUUUUCCCAGCUCAACCAGAGCUUUGAGAUCAUCCGGAAGCUUGAGUGUCCCGAUCCGCUGAUUGUGGGACACUACAUGAAGCGGUUCGCUAAGACGAUCAGCAACGUGCUUCUCUCCUAUGCCGACAUCAUAUCCAAGUUGUUUGCCAACUACGUCACCAUGGAGAAAGUGCCGUGCAUCCUGAUCAACAACAUCCAGCAGCUGAGAGUUCAGCUGGAGAAGAUGUUUGAAGCCAUGGGGGGAAAAGACCUGUGCCUGGAGGCCAGCGAAAUCCUGAAAGACCUGCAGAUUAAGCUCAACAACGUCAUGGAUGAUCUCAGCAGGAUCUUUUCUGUCAGUUUCCAGCCUCACAUAGAGGAGAACGUGAAGCAGAUGGGGGACAUUUUGGCGCAGGUGAAGGGAACCUCAAAUGUGGGAAACGCCAGCAGCGUUGCACAGGACGCUGACAACGUCCUGCAGCCCAUCAUGGAGUUCCUUGACAGCAACUUGACUCUGUUUGCUAAGAUCUGUGAGAAGACCGUGCUGAAGCGCGUGCUGAAGGAGCUGUGGAAGCUGGUGAUGAACACCAUGGAGAAGACCAUCGUCCUGCCGCCGCUCACGGACCAAACGGGGAGACUGAAGAAUGCUUCUCACAGCGAUGGCACUCAGCUCAUCUUCAACGCUGCCAAGGAGCUGGGACAACUGUCCAAGCUGAAGGAGCACAUGGUUCGGGAGGAGGCCAAAGCGCUCAGCCCCAAGCAGUGUGCUGUGAUCGAGCUCGCCCUGGACACCAUCAAGCAAUACUUCCAUGCCGGUGGUGUCGGUCUGAAGAAGACCUUCCUGGAGAAGAGUCCUGACCUGCUGUCUCUGCACUACGCCCUGUCCCUCUACACGCAGGCGACGGACAAACUCAUUCGGACUUUUGUCCAGUCACAGAACGCACAAGUGUUCGGCGGGAAGGGGGUGAGGUUCACCACUAGUGAGGAUGUUUGCCCGGAAAAGGGCUCUGGCGUGGACGACGCCGUGGGAGAAGUGUCCAUCCACGUGGAGGUUUUCACUCACCCCAACACCGGAGAGCACAAGGUCACGGUGAAAGUUGUGGCGGCCAACGACCUGAGGUGGCAGACGCAGGGAAUAUUCCGGCCUUUCGUGGAGGUUUACAUCAUCGGCCCUCAUCUCAGCGACAAGAAGAGGAAGUACGCCACCAAGUCCAAGAACAACAGCUGGGCUCCCAAAUACAAUGAAACCUUCACUUUCACCCUGAGCAGCGAGGCGGCUCCCGAGUGCUACGAGCUGCAGGUGUGCGUCAAGGACUACUGCUUCGCGCGGGAGGACCGCACCGUGGGCAUGGCGGUCCUGCAGAUGAAGGACAUGGCCUCCAAGGGCAGCGUGGCCUGCUGGCUGCCGCUGGGCAAGCGCAUCCACAUGGACGAGACGGGCCUCACCGUCCUGCGCAUCCUCUCGCAGCGCAACAACGACGACGUGGCCAAGGAGUUCGUCAAGCUCAAGUCGGACCAGCGCUCGGCGGAGGAAGGCCGCAGCUAGAGAGAACGGAACGGGACCCCCCGCCCCCCGUCUGAAGAUGGGACGCCCGCCACCUGCUGAGAUUGGUCCGCGCCACCUGUUCUCCUCAGAAAAGCCCCUGGUGUCUUUGUCGUUGCAGUUAAUGCUCGCCGUUCUUUUGAUGAGCACACAUACAGCACACGCGUGCUCUCCUCCGUGGAGGCGAAUCAUGCUGAUUUACACACACACACACACACAGCGAAAAUAUGUACCUUGCCUCUGAUGCUUCGGCUUCCUCGCGUUCCUUCUCCAGGCCCGAAGCACAAGGGCGCCACGUGUCCGUCUGACCCACGAAGAACGGCAGCGACGUGCCUCAAACAUUCCACGCGUCGGGCGAGGAGCGGAGCACUGUCAAAUUAUAUUUAUAUUUAAAUAAUUCUAUAAAUCAUAGUAUCUAAUAUAACAAAGGACGUAUGUAAAGGCACACGCAUAUGAGGAUUAUUGGAUGGACGCGUGGUGAGAGAUCGUCCUCGUCCGUCUUUACGUCCGUCCACCCUGCAAACAGAGCACACUGCCUGACACCCUUACUGCCUUCUGUCUCGUUGACCCUCGUACGCUGUGCAUGUCCCCCGUGUAGCGCCGGUAAAGAGAGUCCACCCCCCCCCCCCCCCGUGUUACUGCAAACAUUCCGUAAUCGGCCUUCUGCUGAUCGUGUGAGAGGAAGAAAACUGCCACCUCCUUUUCUUAAAAGAAACAAUUUGCCAUAUCAAUAUACCUGUGUCUCUUUGGUACCCAGGGGCCACACUUAGAGGGUCCUCAGCUUGGGGGGGGGUUUGAAUCCCAGGGCUUUUAACGCACCCACGAUAAACACAUUAAUACUUGUUUCAGGGGAAGGAAUCACUCAUCAAGGCUUCGAACCGUUUCGUGGCUGAAUUCACGAGGAACUAAAUGUGUUGAGCGGGUUGUUGCCUGUCCAGCAUGUUGAUGCCCUUUGAAAAAAA